AUGGCGCCUGUCAGGGAGCCCAGGUUCCGCUUUGCUGGAGGAGGGACAAAGACAGCGGAACAGGUUCCAGGGGGAAAAAAGGCUCAGCAAACAAAGACGGCUGAGAGUCUAAAAACAGAGAGCCUCACCCUGAAAUUCAAUGAAACGCUAGCCGAACUGGAAACGGCCAAGACAAAAAUGAUCAUGAUGGAGGAGCGGAUACGGUUGCAACAGCAGGCCAUGAAGGCUCUCCAAGACGAGUGGGAAGCCCAGAAACACGAAUUUGAAGAGGAAGUCAUGCAAUACAAGGAACAAAUCAAACAGCACUCCCAGACAAUCGUGAGUCUGGAGGAAAGACUCCAGCAAGUAGCUCAACACCAUAAAAAAAUAGAGGGAGAGAUUGCCACAUUGAAGGACAUCGACCCAGCUCAAAAGGAGGAAAUGACCCAGGAGUCUCCAGCAGCACCCUUGUCAGAGAGCAGCACCAAAGAUACCGCAUGUGAUCAUUUGAUAGACGACUUACUGUCCGCUCAGAAGGAAAUCCUGUCUCAGCAGGAGGUCAUCAUGAGGUUGAGGAAAGACCUUAACGAAGCCCACGGCCGGAUGUCAGAUCUGAGAGGGGAGCUUAGCGAGAAGCAGAAGAUGGAGCUGGAGCGGCAAAUCGUUCUGGUCCAGCAGCAAAGCAGCGAGAUGAGCGUGCUCAAGGUGAAGCUGGCACAGAUGAGCGGCCUGGUGGAGAAGAAGGACAGGGAGCUAAAGGUCCUGAAGGAGGCGCUCAGGUGUGCGGAGGGGGCUUCCCAAGAGAAACAAAAACCCCAGCCAAGCAUGGAGAAGGAGCAGAAGCCCAGGAAGCCAACCCAGAAGUGUGACAUCUCAGUGCAGAUAGAGCCAGUCCUCCUGGAUGUUUUGUCCAGCAGCCAGGAG